UAGAGGUUUCUACUAUGCUCCAGGUUUAGUUAACCCGUUAUGCUCUGCAACAGGAAGUGGUGCAUUCCAACCUCAGCACAAAACUCAAGGAGGAGGUCCUAGGAAAACUGCUGCGGCUCUGAUGGUCCGGGAUGCUGAGAAAACGGUGCUGUCACAUCCUUUGAUACUGAACACCUCACAUCAGGAAACCCCCUGCCAUGCCUCUCUCGGCUGCUGUCAGGGAUCCCCCUGCCACGCCUCCAGCAGCCGCUGUCAGGGAUUCAUCCUGCCAUGCCCCCAAGUCCUCCUCAGGGCGACGGCUCGCCCCCAGGUUCCCUGCAGGGCGAAGGGUCGCCCCCAGGUUCCCCGUAUGGCGACGGUUUGCCCCCAGGUUCCCCGCAGGGCGACGGCUCACCUCCAGGCUCCCCGCAGGGCGACGGCUCACCUUUAGGCUCUCCUCCAGGCUCCCCGCAGGGCGACGGCUCGCCUCCAGGCUCAACGCAGGGCGAAGUCGGGCCUCAGGCUCCCCGGAGGGUGAAGUCGGGCCUCCAGGCUCCACGCAGGCCUCCUUUGUCCUGGGUCGGUUGGAGAGGCCUUCCUCAGAGUGCCCCGGCCAGCCUGGUGUUGAUGGGUUUUGGGGCGUCAGGUGCCUUUGGUUGUUUUCUCGCCACGGCAACUGUGAGUGUUUCUUUGUUGAACUGACUAAAUAAACUAUGAUUGAGUUAUUUCUGCUACCGCGUCCUGUCCAUCAGCCUGACGUGUAAAUCUUCCCUGAAUUCAGAAAGGCCUACGGGCAUCGCAGGUCAUAUGGAAAACCGCUCCAAGAAUCAAGUUUCGUUUGGGCAUGAUAAAAAUCUAACAAUCACUUUUGUAAUUUAAAAAUAAACAAUUAAAAUAUAUAUAUUCUUGAAAACAUUUUGUUUACAGCAUUUUGUUACACCUGCCUAAACGUCUGCACACUACUGUACUUUAGUUUUUUUACU